AUGCACAAUUACACAAUAUCUGUCCCCCCAUCUCUCUUUGGUACGUCUCUCUGUCUCUCUCUGUCUCUCUUCUCUCUGUCUCUCUUCUCUCUGUCUCUCUUCUCUCUGUCUCUCUUCUCUCUGUCUCUCUUCUCUCUGUCUCUCUUCUCUCUGUCUCUCUUCUCUCUGUCUCUCUUCUCUCUGUCUCUCUUCUCUCUGUCUCUCUUCUCUCUUCUCUUUGUCUCUCUGUCUCUCUUCUUCUCUGUCUCUCUUCUCUUCUUCUCUGUCUCUCUUCUCUCUGUCUCUCUUCUUCUCUGUCUCUCUUCUCUUCUUCUCUGUCUCUCUUCUCUUCUUCUCUGUCUCUCUUCUCUCUGUCUCUCUUCUCUCUGUCUCUCUUCUUCUCUGUCUCUCUUCUCUCGCAGUGUCCCUUCAUCGCCGGGUUGGGGUCAGUGUUCGUGUCUGAGUGAGGUCAGGACUGGUUUCCAAAGAGUCGACUUCAGUCAGGCUCGGGCUGCCGUUUGA